UUCUGGACAUUUGGUGAACUAGAUAAAGACAGACAAAAAGCCUUGGAUAGAGAUUCAAGACCCAUGGCCAACUAUGGUUUGGUUUUGAGGUAAUAUGAUAAUUAACAACAGUGCCAAUUUGAAACUUCAUAACAUAUAUAGACCACUUGUGAUGAACAUCCUCACUGACUACAAUUUUGAUCUUUUCACUCAAGUACAAACUUUUAUCUGAGUGUGAAAGUGCCAGUGGAGCCUCAAAUUGCUUAAAGAAAAGAAACAACAAAUAGAAAUUUAUGUUUUCAAGUGAUUAGUUCAAAUUCAAAAGGCUACAUUUUCAUCCAUCUCUCUUCCCUUAGUUCAAUUUUGGCUACCAUUUUGUGAUGUACCAGGCAUCAAGAGUCCUAAUUUAAACCCUACUUUACAUCCUAAGAUCACUAUUCACAUUCUCCAAACACUGUUCUCUGCACUUAAUUUGUUUUUAAACAAAUUCAUUAAAAUAAUGAUGGACUUCUUUAGAUAGAGAUAACUCCUUUCUUCUCAUGACCUUAAUGAGGGACUCAGGGUGACAUUGUUAGGAGAUAGUAGUUGCUAGUCACUCUCAGGGUUCACAGGGUUAUCUCGUUUCAUGGGGACUUAAUAGGAAAAAAAAUGUGGAACUUAAUUAGGAACAAAAAUGUUCUAGGGCAGGGAGAAGUGUGAGUUAAAAAAAGUUUAAUUCCAGCUGACCUCCUCUGCUUCUUGGUUAAUUCAAAUGAUAAUUUUUGGGUUGGUGAAAUAUAGAUACCAUGAGAAGUAAACUAAUCACUGUUAAUAUCAAACAGAGACUACAAUGUUUGGGCAGGACAGUUUACUGACUAGCAGAACGAGAUGCUGGCACUAGAGGAAGCGACUAACUCGCAGCUGGGAGAGCAUUAGAGCAAUCUGAAACCCAAUAUACUGGAAGACCCAAAUCUAACUGAUCAGAGGCGUGUUCUCUACGGUAAUUACCCAUUACCCACAGUGGUCAUUGUACUAUUGUGUCAAAUUAGAGGUCGUUUUGAAUGAUACUAGCAUAGUGUGUGAUCACAACCACAGGGCAUCUUAUCCUGACAUUGGGGGAAGCUGGGUAAAACAAGUAGAGCUGGAUGAAGCCAUGCAGGUAAGUGUAUGUUGUAGCUUUUGGCCCUGAAAACUUGGAGACCCCCUUGUAGACCCCUCGUCCGUUUUAUACAUAUGAGUUUUUACUACUUUUCUUUCACCAAAAUUGAUGCAAUGGCAAAAUCGCAGUUUACUACACUCCUGGCUAAUGCGUGAUGUGACGCGGUCUUCGAGUGGCACAACGCGAGACAAUUCCCGCGAUUUUGGCGAGAAGCGUGGGAUAUUUUCGUGAAGCAGCGCUAAUACGCGUAACACAGCAGGAGCUUAGUCUGUGGCUAAGGUGAUGCAAUCCCAAAGUGCCCUUGUCAAUUAAUCUAAAACUGUCCUAUGACAUAGAGCGAGAAUAUAAGCUCAGCGAGUGCGGAGAUGGACGGCCUUUUUCGAGCAGGCUCAGUUUAAGCCGUUCGGCCCAACACACGAACGAUGUUAUUGUGGUUCGCUAUAGGAUGGCAUAAGCGGGGCUGAAAAAGUCAAAUGAUGAUACGAUUUGUUGCGCUCUAGAAACAGCGUCCAGAAUUAAAGUAUACUACCACCUUGCGUCGCCGUGUUAUGUCAACUGCACUUACUACUUCUUGGAUAAAUUUGUCUGCCUUAAUUUCUCGUGACAUUUAAUUGUACAUUUGGCCAAGUGACUUACCACUCCCUAGUUCUUAAUCAGUUGCCCUGCUUUCCAGUCUUACAGUAGCUAAAGAAAGUUAUGCAUGCGAGUGAACUAUAAUUCUUGAGGGCACAAAAUUUUGUUCGUGAUUCUUGAUUCUCAAGCCAACUUAACGCGCUUUAUCAAUAACUUUUCAGCAUUCCUGUAUUUUCUGAGGGAAUUUACUGGAUGAACAUCGUCCCUUCUUCUAAUCGUUUUAUCGAAGUAUUCUCACUCAACCAUCUAUGUGAUUUCUGGGCCUCAUCACGCUGCUCAGUGACGUCACUCAGUCUGGUCACGUGUAAGGGAAAGUCAACGCGUGUUAUGGCUGUUGGAAAUGACAGCAGGUAAAGUCGUAAACAAAAUGGGGGAGGGCAUGGUGCAAUUGAUGUUCUCAAGUUAUUCCUGGUAAUGGGGGAGGGGCUAGUGCCAUGGUUUUGCUGAAGUGAUUUUAAGACUUAAUAUCUACAGACUCUAAUAGAGUUUGGUAAAACUAAUUUUGGAAAGAUUUAAGCAAUCUCCUUCAAUUUGCUUUUUCUAAGUUGUCUUUACUCACAAUGAAAUCGGUUCUAAAAUACGGCAGUGUCAAAUUAAAUCGUCAUUCUGGCAUGUUAAACUUAUCCGCCUUAAGUAUCUUUUAUUACUAAAAUUCACUCGAUGACGUUUCUAGUGAGCUUUGAAGGCAGUUAGGAAGGAGUUACUCUGCACUGAAAUCACCAUUUUUUUUUGUUUCUUGCAUUGUAGUGUUCGUUUGAUUUCUCGGAAGCGUCAGAACCUCUCCACAGUCCUCCCGCCGCCAUCCAUUUCUCCUCUAAACAUACUAAAAGAUGUGGCAUACAACAGGGAGUUUAACAUGAUGUACCUGUUAAUUGAUGAGCAAGAGAUCUGGGUCUACUAUACCAGGUAAGAAUCCGUUGACACCUGUCUGGAUCAGCGCUAAAACUACGAGUUUGCACCAUAGUAGGGGAAAUGUUUUCCUUCCACACUUUCGUUAUCAGAUGUUUUUCAUUAUUCAUAUCUUUUGUGCUUCCCCAACAAAACGUGAGUAUGGAAGUGUGGAAAGCAAAAGCGACAGUCAUAUGAUAAAAACCUUACAGACUGAGUUACUUGAUAGAUAGGACCGUACGGGAAAAUAUUUGGCUUUCGGUUUUGACGCACGGAGCUUGUUACCCUCAGUCUAUGCAUUCAGACUACGACCACUUAGUCAACAAGUACAUGUAUCAUAUGACGGUACGGCCUAAGUGCGCAGUUCCUUAGAAAGCCAUAGUGAAGGCAGAGGUGAGUAGGGCUAGAUGGAUUGACGUGAACCUGUCUGUAGAAGGCCGUUCGGCCUUACACUCACACGGCUCUUUUGCGUUUUAUGAAAACGUGAAUAUAAAUUGUGGACUUCAAUUGAAAUUAAGAAGAGUGCGAAAAUGAGUCGGCCUUCUCGAUGAAUUACAAGGUUCUUGCGCUGAAUCGAAGAAAUAAAAGAAACGAUUUUACUGUAGAAUCUUUUUAAUAGUUUUUCAGUACGCUCUCUUCAAGUACUGCAAGUACGUCCUAUUUAGGCUGUUAGAAAAAGUUUGAAACCACUUGGUGCUUAAAUCAUAAAAUGCUAAUUGACUGAGUUUUGUCAGGCCAGACGGGAAACCGGCCUUCCAACUCAGUCAUUACAUAUGUAAUCAUUUCCAGAAGCCGAUCAGUUUUAAGGGAGACAACUUUGGGCGCCAUGCAUGAAGAUUUUUUUCAAGUCUCUAAUGAAUUCUUUUUCAGGACGAAUCCAGCGACACGAGUGGAGUCUUGGAAACUGUACUUUAUUGAAGACAUCCAUAAUCAACAUUCCCAGGAUGCUUUGCAGAGGUCCAGAGCCAACAGUCCAUGGCCUGAUGAAGGAAACAGGUAG